CGAUGAACAGAAAAUAUGCCUAAACCAUGAACCAAACUGCCCACAUUCCUUUUGUUUCUUAUCGAAAACGAGGUCCCUCUGAAGGUUCAACGUCCAAAUACACCUUCUUCAGCAAAAACAAGCACUAUGAAAAUUAUUCUCAGAUCGACUGGCCCUACGAGUAUCAGAGCCAAAGAUACAUUGCGCAGAGCAGUCCAGGCUCCAAAAGCCUGUUUAAUCGUAUUGAAAAGUGGUUGAUCAUAUUUCUUGCUGGAACACUAAUAGGUAUCAUAACUUCCUGCAUCGAUUUGUCCUCAAAAUGGGUCUACGACAUCAGAACUGGCUAUUGCAAAGAUGGGUUUUACUUGACCAAAUCAAAUUGCUGUUUGGGCUUUGCAUUGGACGAGUGCACCUCCUGGAAUAAUUGGAACGAAUAUCUAAGGCUUUCAAACUCCUCGUUUUUAUCUUAUUUGAUCAACUUUUCAAUCUACAUCGUCACCUCCAUUUUCUUAUGUUCUACUGCUGUGAUUCUAGUCAACAAAGCUCCAUUCUCAAUCAAAUCAGGCUUGAUAGAGAUAAAAUUAAUUCUAUCCGGCUUGAUCUUGAAAAAGUUUCUCAGUCUAAAGGUUUUGCUAAUAAAAUCCAUUGGCCUAAUUUUAGUUGUUGGUUCGGGUUUAUGGAUUGGUAAAGAAGGCCCAUUGGUUCAUAUUUCCUGUUGUAUCAUUCAUGCAAUUUUGGAUUUUUUCCUUCUUCUAAAGAACAACAGCUAUACCAAAAAUGAGGCCUUGAAGAGAAGUCUUUUGCCUGCAUCAAUAGCAGCUGGAAUUGCUGUCGCUUUUAAUGCCCCCAUUGGCGGUGUCUUAUUUACUUUGGAGCAGUUCAACUCAAGUUUUCUUAAUAUCGACAAGCUAAUGUGGAAUUGCUUUGUGUGCGCAACAAUUGCAACAAUUAUCCUACAAUUAUUAUACCCCUUCAAAGAAGGUAAUAACGUCUUAUUUGUUGUCAAUAUGGAAGUCAAUUGGUUUGGCUUUGAAUUAAUACCUUUUGUAAUCCUAGGCAUAUUGGGUGGAAUUUAUGGUUUUAUUUUCUCAAAAUUAAACAACUUCUUUGCAAAAUUAAGAAAUCGUUUUGUUGGCAAUAAUUUUAAUAAAAAAAUCUUUGAAAUCUUUUGUUUAUCCAUUUUCACUUCAAUAGUCACUUAUCCUUUAAUUUUCGCUAAAUUACCUUUAUCCACUCUAAUCAUGAGGCUAUUCACUGAAUGUGAUAACAAUACUCUAAAUUCAACUUCCUCUAUUAUCUUUCACGACUUGUGUUCAAUUAAAGAUGACGAUAUUACAAAUUUUCAAUCAAAGGCUUUCAUUCUAUUAAUCUUAACCGCCAUUCAAGGCCUAAUCUUAACCGCCUACUCAUUCGGCUCAUACAUUCCUGGUGGAAUUUUAAUGCCUUCAUUAGCAAUUGGAGCCUGUAUUGGUAGAUCAAUGGGAAUCUUUAUGAAAUAUAUUCAAAUUAAUCAUUCAGAUUGGGCCAUUUUCAGUGAAUGUGCUUUAAUCGAUAACCACAAUUACUCUAAUAUUUCCAGUUUUACCAAAACAUUGGAUUCAAUAACAAGCUUUUUUGGUUCAAUCGUCGGUGCAACUAAUGAUACAGAUCAAAGUCCUAAAACUAUAUUGGUCUCUCAGUGUAUAAUUACUGGUGCAUAUGCUGUGAUAGGAGCAGCUGCAUUUUUGACAGGCGUGACAAAAUUAACUGUUUCGAUUGUCGUUAUAGUAUUCGAAUUAACUGGUGCAAUAACUUAUGUUUUACCCAUAAUGAUUUCCGUUUUGGUUUCAAGAUAUGUCAAUGAUCUCUUAAUCAAUAAGAGCUGUUACGAUUUGUGGAUUGAAUUCAAUAAAUUUGAUAAUAUACAUAUAAACGAAAAUGCUGCUACUAAUAAUCUGAAAUCUAUUUCAUUAAUCAGUGCCGAAGAUAUUAUGAUCCAAUUAAAGGAUUUGUGCUAUAUUUAUGCUGAUGAUUAUUUGAUUCAUUUUUGUUCACAGGUUCUAAAAAAUAAUGAAAUUAUUACCGAUAAUGAAAAUCGGAGCAGUGGGAAUAGUAUAGAAGAAAGGUUGACAUUGAAAUCACUAAUUAAAUUAAUAGAGUUAACAGAUCCCUUUCCCAAAAGAUUAACAAAUGAACAAAAAGAUUUUAUAUCAUAUUCAUACCAUUACAGUAAUAGUUAUUUACAGUCGUCAAGAAAUGUCUAUUAUAAUUCAUAUUUAAAGAACAUUGAUGGAUUUCCAAUAUUAAAAAGUAAAAAAGAACCUAUAUUAAUUGGAUGGUUUAGUAAAACAGAAUUGAAAAACGAAUUGGAAAAAAUUCAAAAUGAUAUUAAAACCAUUGAUUACAGUUUAUUGGUGAAAUUAGUUGGCGAAAGAGACAACAAUAUUAUCAAUAACCAGGAAAACAGUAAUGAAAACGAUAAUAUUACUGCAACCACCACUAUAACUAAUAAUAAUAGUAAUAAAAAAAAAGAUAGUAACGACAAUCUAAAUGAAAUAACAAUUGGAAGCAUACAUGAUAGUAAUAAUGAGGUUGAUGUUAUGGAUUUGAAUAUGAACAAUAUAAGUUUAAUUGAUGAGGAUUCAGGCUUAAUCUCCUCUAUUGACUACGAGGAAAAUGAAGCAAAUAAAAUGAGUGUUAAAGAUAAAGAUAAAGACAGUAAUUGUAUUGGAACUUUUGAGAAUAUUGGAGAUAUUGAAAAUAUUGAUAAUACUGAAAAUGUUGAAAAUAGUGUUAAAUACCCCUUAUAUCAUUUAGUGGAAUCAAUUAAUUCCAUUAUAGUAUUAUCGAGUAAAGUAAGUUUAUUGGUAAUAAUUGAAUUUUUCAAGAAAAUGAAUUUGAAUAAUAUUCUUUUAAUUGAUAACAUGGGAAGGAUAAAUGGAAUAGUUAAAAAGAAUACAAUUGUCAAGUAUAUUGAAUUGGACAGUAAACUCAAUGGAGUGAUCGAUAAGCGAAUUAUAGCAAAUGAGGUUAACAAUUUGAAUGGUAAUGAUAAUUUAAUCAACAAUAGCAAUGACAGUAAUGGAAAUACUACUAGCAUUAACAAUAAUAUUCGUUAUAAUGAGGGGCCUACUAGUUUUCUUGGGGAUAUAAAUGAACUGGAUAUCGGUGUUUUUUUGGAUGAUGAAUCUGCUUCAUCAUAUACGAGAUAAAUUAAUUCAAGCUCUAGCAUGAGAAAGAGAAUACCAAAAUUGAGAGAGUAGUUGAGAG